GCCCUCGCCACCACCAUGCCCAUCCCCAUGCUGAAGGUGCUGAACCGGGGCCCUGGAGACCGUCGGAGUAUAGGUGUGGGUGUUGUCCAGUCGCCAAGGAUCGGACCGGAACCUCCACCCUCAUCCCUGGUCAGGAAGAGUUGGCACGCAGGUUCCCAGUUGAAGAGUGCAGCAUCAGCCAGCAGCAGCCGCUCCACCUCGCCAGCCAACGGCAGUAGCUCUUUCAUCCCCCAGCCAAGAAGCCAUGGCGGCAGAGCAUCUCUCAGUGAGAAGCACUCAAAAACGAGCGGGACGUCAAACUUGGCAAGAUCCUCACUAAGGGGUCCUGCAAGUCAGCCCGCUCACAACGCCUCAACUAAUCACGUUCACGCAUCGCCUUACCAUGCUCCUGCACCCACCCCCAAGCAUAAGGAUUCCAUGCUCGACAAAUUCAAGCUCUUCAACCACAAAGAAAAAGAUGGCAGGAACAAAACUACGAGUAAGAUUUAUGGAGAUGAUAUAGGUAGUAGCGGUGUGAGCAAGAGGACAAGUAGCAGCAGUGGGUUCAGCUCGGCCAGGUCUGAGCGUUCCGACUCUUCCACCAGCGUCUGUUCUGACGCCAAGCCUCCUCCACUACCGCCACACCAAAGCUUGCCAGUGAGCACGAGCAGCAGCAGUAGUGACCAGACGAGCCACACUGACGCCCAGACGGGGGUCGCCCCGCCUUCAACCAAGCCACAGGGACUCCGCGGCAUCAGGUCAAAGUUUUCCAAGUCUAGCGGUAAGGAAGGGAAGGAAUCCCCCAAGUCCUCGCGGAAGGAUAAAGAGCGUGAGGAGUCGCGAGGGUCACCGCGGGGAGGUCACAAGGCCCACCGGGACCCCCGCUCUGAGCGUGGUGAGAGUAGGGAGAGGAGUGGCCGUGAAGAACGCGGGGGAAAGAAAAGCGAAAAGCUGACCCUGGAGCUGGAUGGCGGGUCCCGCUCACGUCCUCAACACGUCCCGCCCCAAGCUGACCAAAUUAAAGAGUCACGGGUGGCGGCGCUGGCCCCGCGCCCUGAGACCACAGGCCAGAAUUCGGACCCCCAGCAGCCCCCAGCCCUCCCACCUAAGGAGAACUCCUACAGAGAUUUCGGCCCAAUUUCACAAGCAGAGUUACUCUCAGCCAUGCAGCAGCAACAACAAAAUCAGCAAUCAGCAGAGUAUGGGAUAGCCUCUACUCCAGGAAGCCCUCUACUUCCAGGCACCCCUGGCACAGGUAUCCCUAAACCUACAGCCCACGUGAAGGGCCAGACGAAAGCGGUGCCUCCAGAACGGACGGGACCAACGACUCCCACAGCCUCCCCCAACGUUAACACUCCCCACCAGACAAAAGACUACAACAAGAUGGUUCGCCAAGGUGUGUCAUCGCCCAAGGUGGGGAGUGGAGGCACUGGCUCCCCACGGCCAGCUGGCACACCUGCGGGCACUGACAACAACAAUGCGCAAGAAUCCCGGGAUCCUAAGGGAUCUCUGCCACGACAGAAGCAGCUGGGCAGACGGGAAGACUCUGCCACAGGGAUCAGUGUUGCCCUGGUGAGCCCGAUGCCCAACCCACGCGAGAAGGACCUGGUGACCCCCUCAGAGUCUGGGUCCAACAUCAGCGAGUCGUCACAGAGCAACAGUGGGCACAGCAACAGCAACUCUUCUGGCAACUCUUCUGUAAUCUAUAAACCAACUAGCUCAGAGGACGGAAGUGUUACCGACUUCAAAACUCACAUUAGGAAGGUGGACGAGAAGCACGAAGGAGAAGACGGAGACGAAGUGAUCCUCAAUAUAAAGCCGAUGCAGCCGCUGGUUCGCGCGUCGCAGUAUGGCUACAUGCGUGGCCUGGGCCUCCAGACCCGCACUGUGCCUCCCUCACUACACGUCUCCAGGCUAGCCCUGCAGGACAACGCCAACACAGUGCCUCAGAAGGGAAUGCGUCUCGGUCCUCACCUAAAACGACCCCCUGGAUCCAACCAAGUGAUCGAUGCCGACUACAGCGACCUAGAGAGUGUUGAACUCACGAACGGCUACAUGUCGGACGGGGAUGUGCUGCGUAAUGUUGGGUACAAGUCGGGUAACUCGUCAGAUCUGGACGGGUACCUGAGUGAGGGCGGCGCCUCGCUCUACGCCCACCGCCUCAACCAGCGCUUCAAGGAAGGCAUGAGGCAGGUGCACGAGAGCAUGAACAAAGUGCAGCACUUCAUUCAAGACGACAGCAGAAGUAAUGGAACAGAAAACGAGAUGGAGAUUUCCUCUCUCUCUCCUUCCACCAUUUCGUCAGAGCCUAGACACUUUGACGAAGACGACUAUUUAGACGAAGAUGUUAAAGAUGAAGGAGAAGAAGAAGAGGAGGAGGAUGAUAUAUUUGGUGAUGAGAACAUACCAGCAGUAACUCCAACAGAGACGCGAGGCAGAAGGCGCUUCGACGACAGCAGCAGCCUGAGUUCCGGGGUGAGCGACACCCUGAACGAGAUGUCUGCUGAGGACGUGCUCUCGUCCUCCUUGUCCUCCGACCAUCCAGCCUACGUCAAGGGUCGUAGCAUGAAAGAAGUUGGCCUGAAGUUGCCAGUGGGACUUAGUGGGUCCUCAUCACGUAAAGUGGCAAUGGGGGUAGAUCCUUCUGGUAUGUACAAAGUAGUGUCCAGCCGAGCUCAUGUCAAGAAGACGGAGAGCUCUCAGCAGACUGACAACAGUGCCUUUAAACAAAUAUCAAACACACAAUGGAAAAAAUAUGUUGAAAAUGGGAAGGGCAGCCUUGAGCGUUCAACUAGGGAAUUGCAGAAAGGUGUAGACCCUUCAAGUGGAAGUUCCCGCAAAAUGGAUCACAAAAAAUCUAACUUAGGGUCUCCACAAACUGGGGUCCCUAGCAGUCCUGGGCUGAACAGCAGUUCAGGUGUCUCUGGUUCAGCUUCAUCUGGGUCUAAAAAGAUUGAGAAAGGAGCAAGUGGAGACAAGAGAAGAGAUGGGGAGAGGAGCAGUAGAGACCGAAGUAAGGCAGCCAUGACUCCUCAGGUCAAUGGAGAUUCUAAAAAGCUUCAGAAUCCAAAGACUGCACCGAGCAACUUUGGCUAUAAUGGCAAGAGAACAACUAGCACUGGUAGUGUAUCCAGCACAGGCAGCACAAAAGGCAGCAAAGCAAUGAAAGAAGUAGAUAAUGCAGGAGGCAGCUCCUCUCACCAUGACAGUUCUAGUCACAGCCUAGAGAGACCGAGAACAAAGCUUAAGGUCUCAGGUGGAACACAGACUACUAGUGACUUACAUUACAUGUCCAGUGGUGUGCACAGUGAUGGUGAAUAUUCCUCAGGCUCUCUUGGUCGGAAAUACCAGCUCAAAUCUUACUCUCUAAAUGGUCCUGUAGCAGCCCAGUUAUCACAGUCUGUUCGAGAGAGAAUUAUGCAGUCUCCUUAUGGUAAAGUUCAUGUAGGAGUUGGUGAAUAUGGACAGUACCCUUCUGCUUACUACAGAGAGAGAAGUCCUCGCAUCAAACCUACAGAUGGUUCAUUAAGUGAUUCUCCUUACUCCAAUUAUGCAGAAUUGCAAUACAGUGGGAGCCCUUACAGCAGUCCAUAUUCUUGGGUGUCCAGAAGCAACUAUGCUGGUUCUGUAGCUUCUGCUCCUACAAGACCACUGGGUGGCAGUCUGACAGAAGCAGAGAGCAUGGAGAGUAUAAGCUCAAGCGCCUCGAGUAUAGCUGCACAAAUCCAGCACGCUCGGGCCACCAGUCUCACACAAGCCCGCCUCAUGAUGCACCAGCGGGAAAUGUCCUCCUCACCCUCCCCUAGACUCGCUCGCUCCAAUAGUGUUAGCCAUCUUAUUGAACGGACCUUCCCUAGAUCAACAAAAUCUGAAAAGUUGUAUAGUAGCAGUGUGAGUGGUCGUGAAGGUUACCAUGCCUCACAGCCCACUAGCCCAACACCACCAGCAGGAGCCAGGUUGCCCAUCUCACCCUUGAACACUGUCAGAGGUUCUCCAUACUACUCAACUGUCAUUCCCAGAACUUCAAAAGAUGAUGAAUGUCAUGGAUCUUCACUGUCACUUGUAUCAUCAUCGUCGUCACUGUAUAGUUCCCAAGAGGAGAAACAGGCAGCAGAAAUUAGGAAACUGCGGAAGGAUUUAUCUGACGCACAAGAAAAAGUGGGAUCGCUGACCAACCAGCUCACUACAAAUAGUUCAGUUUUCAACCUCAUGAAUACGGCUCAUGUUGUAGCUGCCUUUGAACAGUCUCUUACAAACAUGACCAACAGAUUACAACAACUUACAGCUACAUCUGAACAAAAGGACUCGGAAGUUAUGGAAUUACGGAAAACAAUUGAAGCACUACGCCAGCAGAGUGUAGAUGCCGGGCUGACUGUUGCAUGCCUGCAAAGUACGUCCCCUGACCACCAUCACCACCACCACCACCACCUCCACUCCACCCCUUCCCCCACCAGGCACCACCAUUCCCAGCACCCUCCCAACAUUGCCUCGUGUUCUGUGCUCAAUGUUACCACCGGAAGUCGUUCCAGUUCACCAGAAAAACCGGGUCAUGAUGUUGCACGCAGGCACACUUUCACAGGGAAUUGUAAAGACCUUGUAGUGUGUGAAUUCAGUGAAGCUGGUGGUAAACUAGUGCGAGGAACAUCUGUAGAGUCUGUGUCAAGUGUAUCUUCAGCUUGCUCAGCAACCUCUCACACCUCAAACCACGAUAAAAGUGACAGCUCAAAAUCUGGCAAAAAGAAGGGAUGGCUCCGGAGCUCAUUUAGCAAGGCAUUCUCCCGAGGGCACAAAAAGAGCAAACCUGGUGGAUCAGUAUCAGACAUGGAGGGAUGCGAUCGUGGUGACUGUUCUGCUCCUUCGUCGCCACAACUUCAACGGGCAAAUGGAGGAUCAACUGACCCAGAGUGUCAGUCUAUGUCUAGCAUGUGCAUGGAGAGUAAACCAAAGGAAGAAGAUGUCGAGAUCCUCAAGUGCCAAUUGCGGGAGAAGGACAUGGCUCUCACUGACAUACGUCUAGAGGCCCUGACUUCAGCUCACCAGUUAGAAUCCCUGAAGGAAACCUUGAGCAAGAUGAGAACAGAAAUGGUAUCAUUGAAACAGGACAAUGACAGAUUGCAUAGACUGGUGUCUUCAAAAUCUCUGAACUCCUCACAAAGUUCACUUCCCGUGUCAGACUCAAUAGAACAAAGGUUAAGUCUUGGUGAAGAGAUUACGAUGCCCGACUCAUCAGAUGUAAUUCUAAUUGACCCAAGUGAUAAAGAUGGAAAGAGAGUCAGUAUCACAGUGUUCAUGGGGUGUCAUGGCAAUUAUGAUAAAUACAUGAUUCCUGUAGAUGGCAUAACAGCUUGUGAGUGUAUAAUAGGUGCUAUUUCUGUGAGUGGAAAGACCAAGUGGGAUAUGUUAGACAGUCUAGUGAAGCGCAUUUUUAAGGAAUACAUCCUGAGAGUUGACCCAGUGUCUAAUCUUGGGCUUAGUGCAGAAUCCAUCCUUUCAUAUCACAUUGGGGAAAUUGCAAGAGGCCGUCAUCCAGAAUCACCUGAGCUACUGCCUUGUGGAUACCUAGUUGGAGAAGUUACAAACAUAAAAAUCAUCCUCAAGGGAGCUACAAUUAAUCAUGUAGAUGCAUUAGCAUUUGAGACUCUGAUUCCCAAGUCAAUUGUUCAGAGAUACAUGUCUCUCCUCACCGAGCACAGAAGAAUUAUUCUCUGUGGCCCCUCAGGAACUGGAAAAACAUAUUUGGCUCAGAAACUUGCUGAAUACUUAGUCACCAGAAUGGGGAAGGAUCCAACACCAGGAUAUAUUGCAACUUUUAAUGUUGACCACAAGACAGGAAAAGAUCUUGGAGCAUACCUGUCACAUGUCAGCGACCAGUGUGAGAAUAAUAGUGCUGAUCUGCCCUUGGUUAUUAUACUUGACAAUUUGCAUCAUGCAGGAGCCUUAACUGAUGUUUUUAAUGGGUUCCUUAGUGCAAAGUAUACUCAGUGUCCCUACAUCAUUGGUACCAUGAAUCAAACCACAUCAUGCUCAACUACAAAUUUGCAGCUUCAUCAUAACUUCAGGUGGGUGCUAAUGGCCAACCACAUGGAACCAGUUAAAGGCUUGGUUGGCCGAGUGGCUAGAAGAAGAUUAACACAAGUUGAGGUAGAGGCUGGGUCCAGACUACCACGACUGCAGCAGGUGCUAGACUGGCUGCCGCGUUGCUGGAGUCACAUCAACAAGUUCCUGGAGACUCAUUCGUCCUCAGAUGUCACUAUUGGACCUCGCCUCUUCCUGUCUUGCCCAGGCUCCCUAGAAGGUUCCCAAGUUUGGUUUACAGACCUCUGGAAUUAUUCUCUGGUACCCUACUUAAUAGAGGCAGUUCGAGAAGGUCUUCAGCUAUAUGGGAAGAGGGCUACUUGGGAG